AUGAAACAUUUGCACGCCAUAACAACCUUCCAUUUCUCUCCCUUAAAUCACCCCGCACUCUUGGUCAUCGACGGACGGCCCAUAUCCUACAGACAGAUUACCCACCUCUGCUACCUACCGCUAUCAAUUGACUCCCACCAUGAAACUAUCCCCUUUUUCGUCACCAAACUCGGCUCAUAUCCACUAGUACUCGGAAUCCCUUGGCUUCAAUUACACGACGCCACAUUACGGUUUAAAGGCAAUAGCAUACUCUUCGACUCCGAAUACUGCAAACGCAAGUGCAACUCCUCCACAAUACCCGUUCCCAUUAGAGAGAUUGCACCACCACCCCGUUUCCACCUCGUGAGUUCCGCUGCUCUCUGCCACUUCGCUCGAAGGGACAAGCUCCAAAUCCUCAGCACAACUAUCGAGGAAAUAGACAAAGCCAUGGACGAGCCCCCUAAGGAAGACUGGAGGAACCGAGUCCCAACCCGGUACAAGAGGUUUCACGAGAUAAUGGACGAGAAGUUCGCUAACAAAAUGCCGUCUCGCCGCCCCUAUGACCACAAGAUACUGCUUAAGGAAGGAAAAGAGCCCCCGUUUGGGACACUUUAUGGUAUGUCCCGUGACUCUUCACCUGCCGGUGCCCCUGUUCUAUUUGUUAAAAAGGCCGAUGGAACACUUCGCCUCUGUGUCGAUUAUCGUGGCCUCAACGAACUCAUUGUCAAAAACCGCUACCCACUGCCGCUCAUCCGGGAAACUCUCGACCGCCUCUCCAAAGCCAAGUGGUACACCAAACUUGACCUUCACCAAGGGUAUAAUCAGAUCCGAAUGGCUGAGGAUGAAGAAUGGAAAACAGCCUUCUGUACGCGUUACGGACAUUUCAAAUAUAGGGUGAUGCCCUUCGGCCUUACCGAUACACUGGCCACCUCCCAACACUUCAUUAAUGAUUGUAUCCGUGACUACUUUAAUAUGUUCUGUACAGCCUACCUUGACGAUAUUUUCAUCUACAGUGACACAUUCGAGGAACAUCAACUACACGUCAAAAAGGUCCUGGAAGCCCUACAAAGAAAUGGAAUACUGCUGAAACCAGAGAAAUGUGAAUUUCAUACACAAAGCACCACCUACCUCGGCCUUAUUAUCGAACCCAACGGUAUUAAAAUGGACCCGAGGAAAGUAGAGACAGGGAAGAAUUGGACCGUCCUCAAAACAGUUAAGGAUGAACUGGCUUCCCCCCUUACCAGACUGACACGUAAGGACAUAUCAUUUGAAUGGACACCCGAAGCCCAAACUGCCUUCAACGCCCUGAAAGAGGCCUUUACAAUGGCUCCCAUCCUUACCUAUUUCGACUCGGAGAAAGAAAUUACUGUGGAAACCGACGCAUCUGACUAUGUCUCUACCGGUGUACUCUCCCAAUACGAUGAUAAUGAGAUUUACGACAAGGAAUUACUGGCGAUUAUUCGAUCCUUUGAAGAAUGGCGACCGGAACUUGAAGGGGCUGCACACCCAAUUGCCGUCAUAUCCAAUUAUAAGAACCUCGAAUACUUUAUGAGUACUAAACAACUCAACAGAAGACAAGCACGAUGGGCAGAAUGCCUAUCACAAUUCAAUUUUGUCAUCAAGUAUCAAUCAGGGAAACAAGGGAGGAAAUCGGACGCAUUGACAAGGAGAUCUGCUGAUCUCCUUGGAGAAGGGGAUGAAAGGCAAUUACAUCUGAGUCAAGUUGUAUUGAAGAAGGAGAAUCUUGAAGCCAAGCUAAGUUUGUUGGCGGGUUCUUUCUCAAAUGAGCCCGCUGAAAAGAACGCCUGGCUGAAUAGACUAUUCGAUGAAGGAUAUAGCACUAACCCGUUUCCACAAAAGAUACUGGAUAUGCGGAACAAAGGUGAACGACAAUCAAAGGACAUAUCACUCGCCGAAUGCACCGAAGUUGAAAGCCGGUUGCUUUACAGAGGCAGCAUAUAUGUACCCGACUACGACCCUCUCAAGCUCCGAAUCCUCCAACUUUACCAUGACGCUGCCUCCGCCGGAUACCCUGGAUGUGAAAAAACAUUCAAACUUAUCAGGCGAGACUACUACUGGCCCCUUAUGCGGAAUUAUAUUGCCCGCUACGUUUGGAACUGCCACACCUGUCAACGAAGCAAACCCAACACCCAUGGAAAACUCGGCGUACUUCGAUCUUUACCGAUUCCCCAACAACUAUGGCAGGAGAUAUCAAUAGACUUCUUCACUGGCCUACCGGAGAGUGAAGGGUACGAUGCGAUUAUGGUAGUUGUUGACCGGUUAACAAAGAUACGAAAUCUCCUGCCCUGUAAUACCACCGUCAACUUCGAAGACGUCACCUGA